AUGGCCGAGACCUACCCAGAACCCGAAUUGCUCUGGCAGCAUCCCUCGCCAAACGACACGAAGCUGCACGAUUUCCUCCGGAAGGUCAACGCUAAAUACAACAAGUCAUUCUCCACAUAUCGCGAGUUACAUCAAUGGAGCAUAGAAAAUGUGGCAGACUCUUGGGGCGAGAUCUGGGACUAUGUGGGUGUUCGUACCUCGCAGCCCUAUACCGCAGUCAUUUCCAGUGAGACGACCAUGUUCCCUCGCCCUGCCUGGUUUGCCGGCGCAAAGCUCAAUUUUGCCGAGAACUUGUUAUUUCCCACACAAUCCGUCGACGAGUCCUCUCCCGCCAUCAUAGCCGCGACGGAAACGACAAGAGAGAUCGUGUCUUGGAAAGAGCUGAGGGAACGAGUGAGGCGAUGUCAAGGCGGCAUGAAGUCGCUAGGAUUGAAACAUGGAGAUCGAGUCGCUGGAUAUGUUGCGAAUCACACCAAUGCUCUCGUAGCUAUGCUGGCUACCAGCAGCAUUGGAGCAAUUUGGACAGCUGUGAGCCCGGAUACGGGAGUUGGAGCUGUCCUCGAUCGCAUGGUGCAGAUCGAGCCAACAUUGCUGUUUACGGACAAUGCAGUAAUGUACAAUGGCAAGACGCACCCUGUUUUGCCAAAGGUGAAGGACAUUUCAGAGGGACUCCCGUCGCUAAAGGCAACCAUCAUCUUCGACACGGUCUCUUCAAUGGGCUUCAAUGUUGAAGGUCUGUCUUCUGAGCUCGCGGAAAAGGUGUAUACUUAUGAGAAGUUCAUCUCGACAUCGUCAAGUUCAGGCAGCUUGGAAUUCGAGCAGCUAGAUCCCGACGUGCCUGUGUACAUCUUGUAUUCUUCUGGCACAACGGGAGCGCCCAAGUGCAUUGUGCACGGUGCAAUUGGUACCCUCAUUCAACACAAGAAAGAGCACAUCUUGCAAUCUGAUAUCCGGCCCGGCGAUCGAUUGUUCUACUUCACAACCUGCACAUGGAUGAUGUGGCAUUGGCUAGUCUCUGGUCUUGCGGCGGGCGCGACUCUUGUCUUGUACGAUGGCUCUCCGUUCCAAUAUCUUUCCAAUGGCGAAAGCGUCAAGGACGACUUGGCUAUGCCUAAGCUGAUCGAUGAGCUGGGUAUCGCGCAAUUCGGCACCAGCGCGAAGUAUCUGUCAGUGCUCGAGCAACGAAAUGUCAUGCCCCGCGACAGUGGUCUGUCAUUGAAAACUCUCAAGGCAAUCUACUCCACUGGCUCGCCGCUCGCACCUUCGACCUUUCAAUACGUAUAUCGCGCGUUUGGUGCUGUGAAUCUCGGAUCGAUCACUGGGGGAACUGACAUCAUUUCCCUGUUCGGAGCACCAUGCCCACUCCAUCCAGUCUAUACGGGAGAGAUCCAAGUUCUUGGUCUUGGUAUGGCAUGUCAAGCAUGGGAUUUUGAGGGCAAAGACGUCUCGAAAUCAGGCGAGCCAGGCGAUCUCGUCUGCGCGAAGCCCUUCCCAUGUCAGCCUGUCAUGUUCUGGGGCAAAGACGGCGAGAGCAAGUACAAGGCAUCAUACUUUGAGGAGUUUCCAGGCGUUUGGCACCAUGGAGACUUCAUCCGCUUCAACCCAGAGACAGGAGGCUUGAUCAUGCUCGGCCGAUCUGAUGGCGUGCUUAAACCAAGCGGCGUACGAUUCGGAUCUGCAGAACUGUACAACGUGCUUCUGAAGCACUUUCCAGACCAGGUCGAGGACGGCCUGGCCAUCGGCCGCAGGCGUGCCGAUGAUGACGAUGAGACGGUCGUGCUUUUCCUGAAGAUGAAGGAGGGCGCCACAUUUUCCGACGAACUGGUGCAGAACAUUCAGUCUAUGGUGCGGAAAGAGUUGAGCGCAAGACAUGUGCCGGGUGUCAUCGACGAGUGUCCUGACAUUCCGUUCACGACGAAUGGAAAGAAGAUUGAGAAAAGCGUCAAGCAGAUUCUGUGUGGGUUGAAUAUCAAGACGAGCACCAGUGUCGCGAACCCGGAAUGUCUGAAGUUUUACAAGCAGUGGAGUGAGACUCAUUGA